AUGAACUCAUGGUGUUUUCCACACUUCGACCCCGAACUCGUAAAGCAAACAGACGAUGUGCAUCGGUCAUCUGCGAGGGUCAUCCCCAUCUUCCUCGAUCAUAAAGGCGGCGGUGGCUUGUCCACGGGCAUACGAGACACCUGUCAAAGACGAAGGGCAUCACAUCAACAACGCAGCGACCUGGGAGAGGCAUAUCGAUGGGAGAAGCGCAUCAACUCGAAGAUACGACGCUCGAAUUCCAUAUUGCGGUAG